AUGCCUGCCAAUAUGUUUAACGGCGACUCACCAACCAAGCAGAGGUUGCUUGUGGUUGCCAAUAGGCUGCCUGUGUCUGCAAAGAGGCAGGGCGAGGAUUCGUGGUCGUUUGAGAUAAGCGCAGGCGGCCUAGUUAGCGGCCUUAUGGGGGUGAAGGAGUUCGAGGCAAGAUGGAUUGGAUGGGCGGGAGUGAACGUGCCAGACGAGACCGGGAAGAAGGCGCUCACUGCAGCUCUUGCCGAAAAGAAAUGCAUUCCUGUAUUCCUUGAUGAAGACACUGCUAACCAGUACUACAACGGCUACUGCAACCGUAUCAUCUGGCCUCUGCUCCACUACCUCGGGCUCCCACAUGAGGACCAUCAAGCAACAACGUGGAGUUAUGAGUCUCAGUUUGCAGCGUAUCAGAAGGUGAACCGGAUGUUUGCGGAUGUCAUCCAAAGCCACUACCAGGAGGGCGAUGUCGUUUGGAUUCAUGACUUCCACCUUAUGUUGCUACCGAAACAUCUCAAGGAAUACAACAAAAACAUGAAAAUCGGAUGGUUUCUUCACGAGCCAUUCCCGUCCUCUGAAGUCUUCCGCACUUUGCCAUCACGGUCCGAGCUGCUAAGUGCAGUUCUGAUGGCAGAUUUAGUGGGAUUCCAUACACAUGAUUUUGCAAGAAAUUUUGUGAGUGCUUGCACUAGUAUUCUCAGAGUUAAAGGUACUCCAGAAGCUGUUGAGAAUCAAGGCAGAGUUACUCGUGUAGCUGUGUGUCCAAUAGGGAUAGAUUCGGAAAGGUUCACACAGGCUAUAGAGCUUCUUGAAGUCCAGAAGCUCAUUAAAGAGUUCAAAGAGAAAUUUUUCGGGAAGAAGGUGAUACUGGGCGUGGACCGUCUUGACAUGAUCAAAGGGAUCCCUCAUAAGUUACUAGCGUUCGGGAAAUUUCUGGAGAAAAACGAAUACUGUCGCGAUAAAGUGGUAUUGCUUCAGAUUGCUGUGCCAACGAGAAGUGACGUUCCUGAAUAUAAAAAACUUAAGAGCCAAGUUCAUGAAAUCGUUGGACGAAUCAAUGCAAGAUAUGGAAGUUUGGAUUCUGUUCCAAUUCAUUAUCUGGAUCGUUCAAUCGACUUUUAUACACUGUGUGCAUUGUAUGCUAUGUCUGAUGUAGCACUUGUUACAUCAUUGCGCGAUGGAAUGAAUCUUGUCAGCUCUGAGUUUGUCGCAUGUCAAGAUUCGAAGAGGGGCGUGCUCAUCCUCAGCGAAUUUGCUGGAGCAGCAGAGUCUCUUGGGGCUGGCGCGGUUAUCGUGAAUCCUUUGGACCUUAUGGGAGUGGCUGCAGCGAUAGGCCAGGCUUUGGAUAUGCCGGCUGAAGAGCGAGACGAGCGCCAUAGGCAUAACUUUGAGUAUGUCACAACUCAUACUGCUCAACAGUGGGCUAACUUCUUUGUAAGUGACCUCAGUGCUUGAAGCUUGGACUCAUUACGUAUCGAUUUUGGAGGCCCGAAUUGAAGAUAUAAUGAUGACAAUUUUUGUCCAAAUGGGAGCAGCCAAACUCAAGAAGUUUUUUUUUUAAGUUAUUUUUUUUUGUUAAAUGAGUGAC